AUGUCGACGCCAGAGGAAUCGCCAGCCCAGCGGGCUUCUCGUCUGCGACGAGAGCGUCGUGAGGCCAAAAUCAAGGAGGGAGGCUCAGCACGCCUUGACAAGAUCACCAGCUUGAGUGGUCGCACUCCGCAGUCAGGUCAAGAAGAGGCCUCACCAUCCCCACAGCUCGCCAUCUCCCCUUCGCCUUCGCCAGUGCCGCAAAAUCGACCCUCGCCAUCACCGCAACCCAACAUGAACAUGCCGUCGAAUGAGGCCCUUCAAGCACAACAAGAAGCUUUCCGCGCUAUGCUUCGGCAAUCGGCCUCCGAACAAGGCCAGGGCCAGCAGGGCCAGCAGGGCCAGCAAGGCGAUGAUAUGGAGGACCCUACCAUAAAACUACUCAACUCACUAUUGGGCGCGAUCGCAUCUGCCCUUGGGCUCCCACCUUUCCUCGCCAGCAUGCUCGGUGCAGCUACCCAACAGCCGACACAUCAGGAACAGAAAGCUACCCGUAUCUGGAAGGGCCUGCACAUAGUCUUUGCGAUCGGAGUCGCGGUUUACCUAUUGUUCAUCAUCGGAGCGUCAGUUGCGACAUUCGGCAGCCCGCCCCCCAAACCUGCUACGGCACAAAACCCAUUCCUGAUUUUCGUUACCGGAGAGGUACUUCUGACAAGCGGCCGGGCCUUGACGGGCGGGAAACAAGGCGGGAUUGGCAUGGUUAUCCAGCUUUUUAAAGAUGUUGUGCGAGAUGGUAGCCUUGUGCUGUUUGCGUUGGGCCUGGGAGCUUGGUAUACCCAAGAGUGGCGGACUGUUGGAUGA